AUGUCCAUUCCGCUCGUCGCAAGCGGCAAGACGGUGAAGGAGGACAGCGAGCUCUUCUUCGCCGUCACACGCGGCUUCUCCGUGCCAGGCGUCAGCAGCCAGUAUCAGACACCGCUUGCGUUCAACCAGCUCAUGCGCAGUCGUCUGCGGCAGCGCAACCGGUUCAACCAUGAUCACCACGACACGUGUGCGUACAUUGAACGGUCGAAGAACGCCAACGUGGUGGCGUACACAGCAAACCUUGUCGAUGCAGCCACACAGAAGAGGGUGGGAUCUGGCAUCGGGCGGCAGUGCGUGCCGUACCGCGACCACACUUUGCACGCGUACUUUGUGAGCCUCGAGCCAUCCUACUUGGAGGAGCGUCGCCGCAAGGGGGUCGAGUACGACUGCGACGAACUCAGCAUUCUUGAGCGGACGCUGGCGUACGGCUGCUCAGCGACGCCGGUGAAUACGGAGAGCGUUCUGCGGUACUGGAGCAAACACACACCAGAAGCGUUCGCAGCUCUCCGGGAGGAGUGGACGGCCGAUGGUAGCGUUAGCAUCCUUGCCGAGAAUCAGGCCACGGCGGAUGGCGAGCAUCAAGGCGCGAAGGAUGUCUCAGCAGCAGGUGACGCGACUGCGGCGCCUUCGUCGGCGAAUGCGCUGACGGUGGAGUCGCUCGACGCGGAACUCAAGACGUGGUGGGCACCGUUCCACCCGUACAUCUCGCACUUCGUGGCUCUUCCCACCUGGCCCGGUCUUAUCGUGUACCUGCCACCGGUGGCUAAGGCUGACUCCAGCUGGCGCAGUAGUGUUGCUGCGGUGGAGUCGCCCGCGUCUGCCACGUUGGCAGCGCAGACUUCAACCUCAACGGACCGAGCUUGUGCCGCUGAAACGACAGAGGCGGAACCGCCAAUGGUGGACACGACGAACAUCACAUACGGCAACCACACGGAGCCGGCCGAGGCGACAGCGACUUCCGGAGUUCUGUCGGACGAGGACACCGUUGUCGCUAUUAUUACCCGCAUCGACGGCGAGCUCAGCGUGCUAGAGAAGGUGUACGUGAAGAGCAUUGAGCCGAAGCGGUUUUACAACCUGCCCAGGGUGGAGUACAUCGAGGUGUUUGGCGUGUCCCUGGCAACCGGCAAGGAGACCUACGAGAAGAAGACUUGCUAG